AUGUUAAAAUUCACAGACUCUCUAAAACGAAAAUCUAGCGACAAUGAAACUGAGGACGAUGAUGUUAUAAUAAUGCAAAAAUCACAAAAUGCUCGUGAUUCUGAAUUAUCAAAUGAAAAUUUCAACAUUUACAUCGGAUUGAAACCACACAGCGUAAUGUAUAAUUCGAAUGAAGUUAACAAACUGAUGCAGUACAUCCAUCACGUAAUAGAUUACGCGUGGAACUUUAUAGAAUCAUCAAGAUUUACAAAUCUACCAGACAGCGUAUGGCAUGUUGCAAUAAAUAUGGUAUCAACAAUAUUGAAAUACAACAAUUUUCCGGGCAUCGAUAAAUGCAAGGUACUGAUAACUGAAAACAGUGUAUUACUCAGUGAGCCGAUUGUCAUUACGCUAAACAACCCGUCAAUGACCAGUAACAUGUCAGGAGCCGACGCCCCAUUAUUAUCACAGUCACAAUCAUCUUGCCAACAACCCUGCGUUAUGGUCUCGCGUAAGUUAUUACGUGAGUGUUGUAAAGUAAAUCAAUUACCGCAGAUAAAAUUCGAUGACAAUACGCGCUUGGAAAAUUUGGAAGAACAUGUUAUCAACUGCGCUUAUGAACACGUUAAAGAAAUUCCGUUGCAGGAAGAAUUAUUGCAAUUAUUAGUAGCUGCUGAUCAUGCUGCUAAUCACUAUAUGGAAGAGAUAGCUUAUCAAAAAACAGAUUACAUUAAUCAUAAAAAUUUUGCACGUUCAUUCUAUACUUUACAUUCGAAAAUUAAUAUACAAUGUAAAAUGAAUGCUAAACAUUUACCAUUGAAUUUACUUGCGCGCUCGGAUUAUUAUAUUUAA